AACAGUUAAAGAUUCUGCCUUGAUGUGGCUUACGUCAGUGCAGUGACAGCAGAGAGCCUUUAAGAACCCCUGGAACUGGCCUUGCUGCUGCUGCUUUUUGGAAGGGAGUCCUGGGGCUGCGUGGUGGCCUCAUGGAGACCCCUCACUCAGAUACCUCUGGAGGGGUGGCAGGGUCGGAGCCCAGGGUGCACUUCCGAGUGACAAGGUUCAUCAUGGAGGCAGGUGUCAAGCUAGCUAUGCGCUCCAUUCCCAUCGCCACUGCCUGCACCAUCUACCAUAAGUUCUUUCGCGAGAUCAGCCUGGAGGCUUAUGACCCUUACCUCGUCGCCAUGUCAUCCAUUUACUUGGCGGGCAAGGUGGAGGAGCAGCAUCUGCGAAUCAGAGACAUCAUCAAUGUAUCCAACAGCUACUUCCACCCAGGCAGCGAGCCCUUGGAGCUGGACUCGCGCUUCUGGGAGCUCCGGGAUAGCGUUGUGCAGUGUGAGCUCCUUGUGCUGAGGGCCCUGCGCUUCCAGGUCUCCUUCCAGCACCCGCACAAGUACCUGCUCCACUAUCUGAUGGCCCUCAAACACUGGCUGAAUCGGUACAGCUGGCAGCGGACUCCUGUUGCCAUCGUGGCCUGGGCCUUGCUGCGGGACAGCUACCACGGGGGGCUGUGCCUUCGCUUCCAGCCUCAGCACCUGGCCGUGGCUGUGCUCUACCUGGCCCUACAGGUCUAUGGAGUAGAAGUCCCUGCUGAGGAGGAGGCCGAGAAGCCAUGGUGGCAGGUGUUUAGUGAAGACCUUACCAAGCCAAUCAUUGAUAACAUUGUGUCUGAUCUCAUUCAGAUUUAUGCCAUGGACACAGAGAUCCCUUAAACCUCUAGUUUUGGCCUGCCCAAAGAAAAGUCCAUGAUGGUUGUUUGCCUGGAAAUAGUGCCAUCACUUUGCUGCCAUGCCUAGUGCCCUGAGGACCAGCAAGGAGGACUGGUUAUGCUGGUGAAGGUGAUGACACACUGUUGCUUUGACUGUCCCUAGCAGCAUGGUCCAGACAUUGUGAGGAGCUGUGCCUCCUCUGUGCAAGGAGCUCACAGUGUGCUGCUGUCUGAGGUGGCAGCAUUCCCUUUGUUCUUCGAGAAGACUGACUGCAACCAAGAUGUGAGCUCACUGACUGGAGAGUCAAAGAACAGAUGGGACUUCAUCCCUAGGGAUCUUUUUAAAGCCAGAUUUAUAAUAAGUGUGAAUAUGCAACACAGAUGCAAUUUUGUUUGUGUAAUUAAAAAAUGGUACAAAUCAAAAAU